GAAAAAUCCAAAGAGAAAUACUAAGGAAAAGAACACUUCACAAAAGAAUACUUCAACUUCAGGUGCCUGGUGGCCUGGCAGAGAGCAAACCCUCACAGCAGAAGCUUAGAACCAUUUCUGCUGCUACUUGUGAUGAGUAUUGCCAAAAUACUUGGGAACACCAUGAGUACUGAAGCUUGACAAUCUUGAAGGAAGAACACCUCUAAAGCUCCAGAGUGACUGUCAGGGAGUCUCCACAAUGGAGAAGAGGGAAGGUGGUAAUCAUGCCAUUGAUCAGAAUGCAGGUCAGAACAUCAUGCCAAGAAGAAAUACAGGAAAUCUUAACUACUUGAAUGUGGAUGUGCAGGUUGCCAAUCCAUCAGAAGCAGCUGCACUUUUUGAUUUACAUCAAGCACACCAUUUUGGUGAGUUUGAACGCUCUUCAGAACAGCACUGCAAGCAGGAUCUGUUCCCUAAGUGGCACUUGCCGAUGAAGAUAGCAUCUGUGAUGUCAUUAUUAACAUUUAUUUACACUUCCAUGAGAGAUGUCCUAUAUCCUUUUGUAACCAGAAAGGAAAAUGUUUUCUAUAAAAUUCCAAUCCUUGUCAUAAACAAAGUUUUACCAGUGACUUCAAUUACCCUUCUAGCACUAGUAUAUUUACCAGGAAUAUUAGCUGCUGGUUUCCAGCUAUACUUUGGCACCAAGUAUAAAAGGUUUCCCCAGUGGCUGGAUAGAUGGAUGUUAUCAAGGAAACAAUUUGGACUUCUCAGUUUCUUCUUCGCUACUUUGCACGCCUGCUAUAGCCUGUGCUAUCCAAUGAGAAGAUCAUACAGAUACAAGCUGCUGAACUGGGCAUUCCAGCAGGUCAAACAAAAGAAAGAAAAUGCCUGGAUUGAACAUGAUGUUUGGAGAAUGGAGAUUUAUGUGUCUCUAGGAAUUCUGGGACUUGCUUUGCUGGCCCUGUUGGCAAUAACAUCAAUUCCAUCUGUCAGUCACUCUUUGACCUGGAGAGAGUUCCAUUACAUUCAGAGCAAGAUGGGAUAUUUAGCCCUGCUGCUAUGCACUGUUCAUGCACUGGUGUUUGCCUGGAAUAAGUGGGUUGAUGUUAACCAAUUCAUCUGGUAUACGCCACCUUCAUUUAUGGUUGCAGUUUUUCUUCCUAUUCUAGUUCUGCUUUGUAAAUGCGUACUGCUCCUCCCAUGUUUUAGGAAGAGGAUAAGAAAAAUCAGAAGUGGUUGGGAAGCUAAGACCCAAGUCAAUCAAACCAGCAUAACUUCCAGACUGUGAUCAAAUAUGGACAUUUCCUGUCUAUGUAUGUAAAUAUGCUCAAGGCCAUGAAAUUUUCAUUCAUGAGCUCUGUUUUCACGUUUGCUGUAGAUGUUUCUCACUUUUCGUUUUGACUUCAGGAGUAUGAGAUACUUGAUGCAAUUUUGUCAUUUUCAAAGACAUAAAACAAAAACAUUUAUUUUAAAUGUUAAUCUAUUCAGUGUUUUGGUAUUUGAUUAUUUAUUUCUUCUGACUCCCUGCUUUUAAAAUCCAAGUGUUUCAUUGUCUCAGUCCCAGUUCUUGGUAUGCAAAAGCAAGCAUAAAUCAUUUCUCCAGAUGACCACAGAAAGUGAAAAAAUGAUGACACCGUAGAGCCCAGGAAUGCUUUCUGCUUCGCACGGCCAUGCAUGUCCCUUCAUUAAAUCUCAGAGUUAUAAUGGGACAAAAACUAGAGUAAUUAUCAUCCCAUUGCCUCUUAGCACCUGCAGCCUGUGUUUCAGUCUGCAGAGUGGGGACCUUGGCCUAUGAGCUAGAUAUAAACUGUCUAUUCCUGCCAGGUCUUGAACAUACACAACUGGACAAGCAGAAUGACAGGGAUCUUUACAGGGUAAAUCUCUCCUGAGACUUGGGCACAGUCUAAAAAAAGAAUAUUUAGACUCAGAUCACCAUCUUAUCCAGCACUAGGUGUGUCUCUGUUUACUUGAAACGAUAAAACAUUUCCCAUUUUUUGUUCCAUGAACACAUUCUUUUGUUUCUGAUGCUGGAAAUUUUCCAUGCUUUUGACCUAAGCCUGCAGCCCUUGACAUGUGCUAAACUUUAUUUGCACAAAUUAUUCCAGUGGGAUAACUCCAUCAGGUAAAUGUGGGUUUUUGUUUACUCCAGGGCCAGUACAAUUGUGUGACUGGAAGAAAACCACUAAAAAUAGUAAUUUGAAUCUUGCCAUUGAUUUGGUGAGAUUUUCAUGUUAAUUGGUUUCCAAAUGCAUUUGCUUUUACAGAAAUUUUCCUAAUAACUUUAGUCAGCUCAUUAAAUCCUACUUUCCUUACAUUGCAUAGGUCUGGCUGAAAGUUGUAAAUGAAUAAUACAUUUGUUAGUAUCUGCUUUGAAAUAUGUUAUUCAGUAGUAAAUAUUUUCACUCAACAUCAGGAACAUUUCUGCAAUGGACUGUUGAUGCCACCUACUGCUGGAAUCCUCUGAAUGAGAGCUGUAAUUAGUAAUGGCUCUGGUAUUAAACAGGAAAACAACAUAUGCCUAAAAAAAUGUGUAAUACAUGGUGCUAAUGAAUGUGUUUUCCCUUUCUGGACUUUUACAUGGGUCAUAAAUAACAGACAAAUAGCUACAGGGAUACUACAUUUUAUAUUUUCCUGGUUGUUACCAUUCGAUUAUUGCAGCUUAAAAGUUGGCUUUUUUAAAAUUUGUGCAUAAUGUAAUACUGUGAAAGUAACUGGGGACAUAGUGGCCUGUAUAACAUUGAUUGAAAUCUGUGGCAUUAUGUAUCAAACCAGUAAUGCAUGGCAGAGGCCAAAACCCUACAAUACAGGGAGCUGGGCUGCAAUGUUAAUCUAAGAAGUUUCUAAGAGAGCAGGAAAAGUAUGUUUCUCAGUGCAUUUGCAUUUAUAUUUCCACGAAUGAAAUAAAUGUCUUACAAGUAAUAAGCUCUAUGCACUUGUUACAGAAGGUAGUACAAGAUAGGAUAACUUCAUUGAUUUCAACCAGUUAAUACAGUUUGAAUUGAUAACAUAAAUUACAGGGGCAAACCAAUUUCAAGAUCAUCACAUACUAUCCAAACUGACCUUUUAGGCUCAUCAUUCAGCUGGGGACAUUAAGCACACUUCAGACUUUUCUCUCUAGCAUUGCCCAGAGGUAAACAAAAAAGUGUCUUCUACAACAUGAAAUUUACAUACAGUCUGCAAAAGCUAUUCCAAAAAUUACACAGGACAUCCAAACAUUCAAGCAUGUCUUUCCUACUGAUUGUUUCAAGUAGGAGCCAGGUUUUUUGUGUCACAUCUAGCCAUUUCUCUAGAAGCUACCAUUGCAUGCUUGUAGCCAGAACAUGAGACUUCAUAUUGAGUCUCUUCUCUGCUUUGUAAGGCUUUGGUAAACUACAUCUUAGUAACUCACUUCCCAGUCUGCAGCCUGCUCAGGGAAGUGGCUGACUCACUAUCCCUGGAGGUAUUUAAAAGACAAGUAGAUGUGGUGCUUAGGGACAUGUUUUAGUGGUAAGCUUGGCAGUGUUAGAUUCAUGGUUGGACUCAACGUAAAUGAUUCUGUGUUUUGCUUUUUAGGCAUUCAGGUGCAACAGUAAGGGAGAUCUAUAUAGGGCUAAGAAGAAAAUGCCAUUGACAGUAUUUAAUUUCUUCUCCAUUUGUACCAGGCAGGAUUUUGUUCAAUACUGAUGAACUGAGUUCAUAUGUACUUUUUAAUUUAUGUUU